AUGUCGAUUGCUUUCCGUUCAAGUGUAGAUUGCACAAAUGCAGAUUACUCUUUUGAAUCGGAUGGGUCCCAUCCCUCAUAUUUACCAACGUCCUCACCAUUUCAAGCCGAAUACAAUCAAAGUACCAAGUCUUCCCUAUGUAGUAACGAGCCUGAUACAACAAAGGAUUUGUUGAAGGGCCACAGUGCCGAAGGAAAUGCAGAAAUGCUAGCCCAUCUUCAACACAGUGUUGAUGAGGUCUGUGGACGCAAUAAUAGUUUUAACCAGAAACUCUCACACCAUUGUAAAAGGUCGGAUGAUAAUACCCGGAGAGAGGAGAGCUUUGUUGCAUCGGAAAGGGCGAGUGCCCUCCAAGCCACAACGUUGGACGCCGCGGGAGCCUGGGCGAGGGUCACCCAGCUGGGGGACAUGACCAACUUGCUUCCGUAUUCUCGUGGGAUUGUAGAGCUUGAGGCGUUCGCGGCUCUUACUCCGGCGACCAUCACCGCUGGAAAGGGGUCAUCGAUGCCCCUCAUCACUGCAAACGACUACAGUGACCGACAACGUCUGCUGUAUCACAUAACCUACUUGCACACGCAGCUGCAGCGGGCUUUUUUACAAAUUCAAGAACAACAACGCAUCAUUACUAUUUUACAGGCGUCUGCCAAUGUAGAGGUGGACAAGUCGAACAGGAGCACAGCCGAUGCAAGCACGAAAAGUGUAGGGCAUAGCAGUACUAUAGAGGACCAAAAAAAGGAGGUGUCGGACGAUGUAGUGAUCUUGCGAAUUGCGGCGUCGUGCACCGCUGCGGCGGUGGCGGCCUCGCGUACGGAAGAGGCAUUACAUGCAGCUUUGCAUGAGUCGCUCGCUCUGUUCGAUCCGGUUAUCGCACAGUCUCAGAUCAAGCGUCUGGACGACGCCCUUGCGCACCUUAGCUUACUACGUGAGGCCGAGCUUCAGCAGCUGCAGCGUGGAGAGGAGGAGCUGAAGGAAUUGCGCAAGAGCCGUAACGAUCUUGUCAAGCAAACUGAUGCUUUGCAGAGCAGCUGCGAAGAACUCACGGCUAAGAAUGAAGAGCUGCGCGCUUCUUCGACCAGUGCUUCGCUGGAGGUGGAGAGGCUGCGGCAGGAGGAGCUACGGCUUUCACGACGAAUAGUAGCCAUGGAGGGUCUCCUGCGGACUGGUAACCUUUACGACGGGCUGCAAGUUGUGGGCGUUGACGGUGGACACCAGCAAGUUAGCCAACCUAGAGGGGGAGUCAAUGGAAACAGCGGAUUGGGAUCUGAGAGCGCCGCAAAUGGGUAUAAUCUGGGUGUAGACAUAGAGAAGUUGAACGCGUUGAGUGAGGAGGAGACGACCGCGCGGCAAGCCCUGCUGCAGGACCUCUUUUGGGAGCCGAUGCUUAUCGCCUUCGAUGCGGGCCUUACCUGGACUGAGGAAUUUUUGGCGCUGGCUGAGGAAGGGAAUGCCUCGGCCUUGGGGAAAGGCUUACCGCACGAUCCUGGCGAUAAUUUUCCCAUAGAAGUAGUGGUUUCAACUCAAACCGCAGGAAGCAACACACUAAACGAGCUCACCGAAGCGAUGCGGGCACCGGCGACAGAUGCGGAUCUGCUGCUCCUUCGUAGCCAACAAGAUGAGAUACAGCAGCUCCAGAGGCAGAUGGGAGUCCUAAAGGAGCGUCAGCGCAUGGCUGAUUUGGAGAUAGAACGGUUAGGUGGUCUUUACGCGAACGAGCAGCGGCGCAGCGAGAAUCUCGCCAGAGACCACAGCGAGCAGCUGCAGCGGGCCUAUCAGGAGCUUGUAAAGGAUCGACAUAUUAUCGCCCAGCAGCUUCGUGAGGAGGUGGAAAAGCAGGUGCGCAUGGCUUUUCGUGAUGGGCGUCAGUACGAGCGGCAACGUCAAGGGGCCGCCCCAGUUGCUGAAACCGUUGUGCCUGAUAGCUUACGUGAUGCAGAGAAGACCCAAGAAACUCGGCAUUUGAAUACAAAGCCACCGCUCAUGCGCAGCAAAAUUAUUUCCUAA